AUGCUUCUGGUGUUGAGAGCUCUGUUGGUGCUGGGCCUCGUCUCUUUGCACGCCUGCAGAAGAGAGCAGACGGUCAAGGUGAAGUUGGGUCGAGGAACCGGAUUUAAGGGCAAGUCAGUGAGACUCUUCCUGGAUCCCUCAGUGCAGCCUCAGAUUGGCAGAGUGUCUGAUGGCACCAUCUCCAACAUGUCUCUGUCACCCUGGAACUACAGUUACACCACUGUGGAGUCUCGUUUACCCAGGCGGAUCUCUCAUGCUCAGUGCCUGACCUCUGGAUGUCUCAGCCUCCAGGGGGAAGGUGAAGAUUUAGCUCUGGAGGCCAAACCCAUUUACUACCAGGUCCUGGUCCUCCACAGAGUCCCAAGGAAAGAGAAGAACAACAAAGAAGGGAAGAAGUCCAGGAGGAAGUAUGACUUAAAACUGGGAACGGAGGUGAUCUCAGUGGGCUGUACCUGUGUGAGGCCCAGCGUCAUACAGGAGCCGUAA